AUGCCUGUCGCUCCUUCGCGGCGGUUGAACCGGGUCAAACAGGCGUGUGAACCGUGCCGGCGUAAGAAGUCCAAGUGUCCAGGAGAGCAGCCUGCUUGCUCCCAGUGUCGCAGGCUGAACCAUCCUUGCCACUACAAGAGUGAUGGAGCUUCUCAUAGAACUGCUCAGAGACACACUCCCGUACGCCCGAGGCAGAAUGAUGGUUCCGCAACAUGGACUGCCAGACCUCAUGAACCACCCCUAGCAGUUGACUCCGUCGUCCAAUUGCUCCAACCCGCGUGGUCAGAUAUCCUCGACACUACCUCCUUUUACCUAGACCAGAUCGAAUCGCAACCUUUUCCGCUUUUCUAUAGGGGCACGUUUCUUUCCACGCUGCACUGCCGCGAUACCGAGCUUAUAUAUGGGCUUCUGGCUGUAACAGCGCGUUUCAACCCGGACUCGGGCAACGGCGUGGAUAUCGACGCGAAGACAAGAGUGUUUUCACAAUUCGCCUUCUUCCUUGUCACAAAACGUAUCUCUGAUGGAAUCAUCGAGCUCUCGACAUUACAAACUUUAAUACUUAUAGCUUGUAGUGACAUUGCAGCCGGCGAUCUUGAUAGAUUCACUCUGUGCUGUAGCCUGCUAGGCUCUCUCGCAAGCGCCACUCUCGUACCCCAGCAGCCUUCGAGAGCUCAGUCCCAGCAGCUUGAAGAGCAAGUUCGAUGCUAUUGGAGCAUUGCUCUACUGCAAAGACUCUAUGGCUACACCACACCAUUGGUGGAAAUCAUGGACGAGGGGGGAGUGCUUAAGCCUGAAAUACCGCGUCUUCCAUGCACCAUCAUGAGCCCGUCGGAUCUAGAUGGCAAUGGUGGCGGCUCUAUAUAUGCCGAGAAGGGUAUAUUAAUGGCCACUACUUGCCUGAGUGAGGGCUGGUCAAGGGCAACGAGCUACAUCAGGGCCCGCAGAACCGGAUCUAGAGACGAACCAAUUUGGUCUUUAAAAUCUGAUUAUGCACGCCACAUGUCCCUUCUAAUGAGCAUAGGCAGCAAUAUUCACCCAGUGCACCGCUUCAAGGCGGUUAACCUUAGCUCCCGAUCUGCAGAGGAAGUGAACGCAAAUAAAGAAUACUGGUCUCCAUGGUUCCUAAGCCGACUACUUUACCACACUACAAUAUGCAUCCUCAAUCACCCACUCCUCAUCAUGCUCCAGCUGCAAGGCCACCGGACAAUUCCAGAACUCUGCCUUCAGCAAACCUCCUGGCUCGCCGCUUACCAUGUGAACUGGGUCUCUAAGAUCUUUGGACUCCUGAAACAGAAACAAUUCCGGUUAACUGAUCCCCUGGUGUGCCACUGUGCUGCUAUCGUAGCAACCAUCGAACUGCAGCUGAGCGUCACUACCGAGUUCAGCGCGCGAGAGGAAAAGCGUGAGGCAUUCACCAGACUUGUAGACUAUAUUCGUGAUAUGGCGACCACAUGGCCGCUGAUGGAAAGAUUGGCAAGUCACCUUACCUCUGGCUUCAAUUCCAUUCUGUUAUACCCCUCCUCAUCAUUAUCAGAUCACGGCUCCAUCAAGGUAGAUCUCAGUUCAUUCUGGAGUAUUCUAGAGUUCCCCAAUCAUCGGUCCUAACAUCCACCGGCCUCUAUUUUCGGCCAUUCGCUCGCCCUCCCGCGUCAGGAUGGCCAGCAAUCCAAAAGAAAAAUUCACACCCUGACACUCCCACCCACGAUCACGCCUAAUAGUAAUACAGAGACAGAGGACCACUGUGGGCUGAUGCAUACCGGGGACGCAACCAAC